UUUCACAUAGUUACAUACUUCGUUUUCAUUUUUACCAACCAUUUUAAAACCACGUUUGCCGGCCGUGGUACUAUUGUAACUUAAUAUUUUUUCUUGUAUCUAAUCCGUGCCCAAUUUUAAACAUUUCUUCUAAUAAAAUUAACCUCGGUUAACUGAAGAUAUUUAAAUAUUUUUUUUUCUUAAAUUUCUUCGAUAAUCAAAAAUGAAACCCGCAUACAAAAUCGCUGAUGAAAAGUUGGCUGAACUUGGUCGCAAUGAGAUCAUGCUUGCAGAGAAGGAAAUGCCUGGUUUAAUGGCAUGCCGUAGAAAGUACGGGGCUAGCAAGAUACUCAAAGGUGCCAGAAUUGCUGGCAGUCUACAUAUGACAGUUCAAACUGCAGUACUUAUUGAAACACUUAUAGAGCUAGGAGCUGAAGUGCAAUGGUCAAGCAGUAACAUAUUCAGUACACAAGAUGAAGCAGCAGCUGCGUUGGUUGCUGUGGGGAUUCCAAUUUAUGCUUGGAAAGGAGAGACAGAUGAGGAAUAUAUUUGGUGCAUUGAGCAAACUCUGAUCUUUUCUGAUGGAAAGCCUUUGAACAUGAUCUUGGAUGAUGGAGGUGAUUUGACUAAUUUGGUACACACAAAAUAUCCACACCUUUUAGAAAAUGUAAAAGGAAUUUCUGAAGAGACAACCACAGGUGUACACAACUUAUACAAAAUGUUCCGUGAAGGUCUCCUGAAAGUCCCAGCAAUUAAUGUUAAUGAUUCUGUUACAAAGAGCAAAUUUGAUAACCUGUAUGGGUGCAGAGAAUCUCUUCUGGAUGGUCUUAAAAGGGCUACUGAUAUAAUGAUUGCUGGUAAAGUUUGUGUAGUGGCAGGUUAUGGAGAUGUUGGCAAGGGAUGUGCUCAGGCCUUCAAAGGAUUUGGAGGAAGGGUUAUUGUCACAGAGGUGGAUCCUAUUAAUGCACUUCAAGCAGCAAUGGAAGGUUUCCAAGUGACAACAAUGGAAGAGGCCUCCAAAGUAGGUCAGAUAUUUGUCACAACCACGGGUAACAUUGAAAUAAUCACCAAAGAGCAUUUCGCAGCUAUGAAGGAUGAUGCAAUUGUGUGUAAUAUUGGCCACUUUGAUACAGAAAUUGAUGUUGCUUGGUUGGAUAAGAAUGCCAAGAAAGUAAAUAUUAAACAACAUGUUGAUCGUUAUGAAUUAGAAAAUGGCAACCAUAUUAUUGUCCUUGCAUCUGGAAGGCUUGUCAAUCUAGGAUGUGCAACCGGCCACUCCUCUUUUGUCAUGUCUAAUUCUUUUACUAACCAAGUGCUGGCACAGAUUGAAUUAUGGACUAAACAUAAUGAAUAUCCCAUCGGCGUCCAUACCUUGCCCAAAAAGUUAGACGAAGAAGUUGCAGCCCUCCACCUUGACCACUUGGGUGUUAAACUUACAAAAUUGACACCUAAACAAGCAAAUUAUAUUGGAGUGUCUGUCGAAGGUCCCUAUAAACCAGACCAUUACAGAUACUGAUUUGAAUGUGAAGAUGAAAUCUCUAUUAUAUUGUUUGCGAUAAAAACAAUUUGUACUAUUCGAAUAACAGUGUGGUUUAUUCAAACACAAAAUAAAUCAUUAACAAUUUUAA